AUGUCCAAUUUCGACCCGAACGCUGUCAUCCGCGGCGCGCAGCUCACCGUUGUAGGCGCCUACCGCGCCCUACAAAACCCCUCCCUCUUCGAAAUGACACACUACCGACAAGCGUUCCUCGCCGUGGUAAUAGGCGCAGCCCUGCGCCUGCUAGUCUCAGCACCCAUCUUCGGGAUGAGGGUGCUCCUCGGCUUCAUCGGGCUGUUUACGGACCUAUCCGCCGUGACCUGGGACGACGACAUCAUAUCCGGUCUCGAAUUCCUGGAGAAGAGCGUCCUGCAGGUCCCAGUGUUUCUGAUGAGUGCGAUGAGAUACCUGGUUCCCACCCUCGACGAUAUGUUCAUGCAGAGUCUUGAAUGGGUGGACAAGACGUAUCUCAUGAAGCACGCGGAUGAGAACCCGGAGGGGCUUAGGGCGUUGUACUACCCGAAUCUCAGGCUGUACUCCAGGAGUGCUAGGGCCGCGGGCGUCUUCGGGGUGGCUGAGGCUGUUAGACCGUUUUUGAUCAAGUAUGCUCGUCGGGCGGGCAUUUCGAUCGCAGUUUAUUUCGCUUCGUUCCUACCGGUUGUGGGGCGGUUCGUGUUGCCUGCGGCAUCGUUCUACUCGUUUAACAAGGCAGUUGGGCCGGUUCCUGCAGCCGCAGUUUUCGGUGUGGGGCUGCUGCUACCUCGGAGGUGGAUGAUUGUUUUCUUGCAGGGAUAUUUUGCCAGCAGGGGCCUUAUGAGAGAAUUACUCGAGCCGUACUUUUGCAGAAUUAAGUUUGACAAGGAGCAAAAGAGGAGGUGGUUCCGGGAAAGAGAGGGAUUGCUGUUCGGAUUCGGCGUGGGGUUUUACCUCUUGCUCAAGAUACCUUGGUUGGGCGUGUUGAUUUAUGGCAUUGUGGAGGCAAGCACUGCCUAUCUUAUCACUAAGGCACAACCCCUCCCCCCUCCUUUCUAUGCCAGCAAGGGAUUCGCCGAGACACAGGUGGUGUGGAAGAAUAAACAUGAAUUUAUGAAGUUAGAUCUCGAUAAGAUCGAUAGGUUGAACGUCAAAAGUGCUAUCAAGGGGGCGGAAAGUCCGUUUGUGAGUAGUACGGUUGAGAAGAAGGGUUUGUGACGUCUGGGACAUUAGCGCGGAGAGAUACACUGGGUUUUUUCUUCUAUUUCUCUUUUGUCCUGCUUUUGGUUGGAGGGGGAGAGAGAGAGGAGGUGAGUGAUUGGCUACACAGGAGCGGUUUGAGCCCCGGUUUGAAGUGAUACACCUGUAUUAUUAGUAUCAUAAUGCUUCCAAGAAUCGACAACGGGGUUGGCACAGCACCGCACCAUACAAGUCCUUGGGUGAACGCAACCAAAUUAUUCUCACUCGAUUUCGAGGUCCAGAGUCGCUUACUUCCGCGCAGAAUGUCAAUGCAAGUUCCCCAUAACAGAAUGUACGGGAUCACCGGGCACGGCGGAACGGCCAGGCACAGCAACUCCCGGCACAUCACUCGGAUGCACGCACCCCAUCUACAAGUACCCCCCCACCAAUCCACCGCCUCACUCACUCACACCCCAAACUCGAAAGUAACCACCCCAGCAACAACCGGAAAACCAGUCCAUCAACAAGAUUCCAUAUCACGCACUCCCCCCCCUCCAAAAAAAAAAAAAAAUCUAUUCAAGAUGUCACCUCCCCCCAUGCGUGGCCGCCGGUUCGGUAUCCGACGAACGCACGGGUGGGUGGGUGUAUGUAUGGGUUUCGGAGUUUCAGUCUGGGGGAGGGGAGGGGAGUUUUGUGCGUAGGGUGUCGUCUGCUUCGCUUGGUAUCAUGAUGGGUGUUUGGAGGGAUUGCUGGAGUAGGUGGGGUUGGGGGGACUUGAGACAGACAGACAGAUACGGUAUCCGUGAAGGGGUUAUGGGUUUCUCAUCAGGUGUAAAAUUGUAUCAUACUUG